AUGUCAAGAGCUAAGAGGACUGUUGCUAUGGAAGCAAAUAGAAGUGCUAUGUCUGUUAGGGCUAAAGGGUCUGGCUCCAAGAUAGACAACGGUCUGAUUGGCAAUAAAGAAAACCAAGCUCCAAAGCAUAAGGCUGCUAGUGCCAGAUCAAAGGCUUUGUCACAAGCCACGCAGAGCGAUUUGAAUUCGAAGCGUUCUGCUAAGAUUUCCAAAAGUUUGGUGGUUCUACCAUCCGAGAAGGCCAUACAAGAAGCAUUCCAAAACAAAGACACCUCGUUUCUGACAUCUACAUUCACAACUUUGACUACGGCGACGCCCUUACAGUUGUAUCAAGAUCUAAUAGCAGAGACUGAACUAUUGGAGCAACAAAGAACAAAGCUAAUAGCAUCGCUACAGAGCGAGAAUGAUAGACUCAUGGCGAUAAGUGAUGAGAAUCAGAAACUAAAACAGGAGAAUGAAGAGCUCAGGCAGCGUCUUGCAACACAAACACAAUCGGAUACCACCAAUGCAGAAUCCGAAUUGAACAAAUAUGAGACUGUUCUGGACUUAGUUCAGAUGAUGACGGGUCUCUCGUGCUGGAACUAUGAGGAGUCCUCGUCCGAGUUCGUUUUCCAUUUGCAGAAGACAGGUGCCCAUGCCACUCUGUUUUUCAAGAUCACCGCUUACAAGGAUACAAAGACCCAAGAUCUUUACUACGAACCUUUGCUGGACUAUAAUGAUGAUGAAAUACCCACGAACAACGAGCAAAGACUGAGGGAGUGUUUGACGGACUACUUUCUAGAUGAUCUCAAGGUGGGUGUUGGUAAUGCAAAGAGGUUCUUUGGAAAGCUGUCGAGUGAUUUGGACAAGAAGUGA